UAAGUUGAUCAGAAGGGUGUGGGACAGCGUCUCUUUAAAAUCCUUGAAUCAACUUUGAGUUCAAAUGCACCUUUACCGACAUACACAACCCCCGUAUUUAUCUGCUUAAGAAAACUUGGAAGGACACCUGAGAGAUUAAAUGGAUUAAACCCAUGCCACUUGCCUCAGCUCUCUUUAGUCUGAAGAAUUAAAGGCCCAUGUUUCUUCUUUGCAGCAGUCAGAGUCUUUUCUUUUCAACUGGACAACCGUCCCAGCCACAACUGAGUCAGCAAAAUAGGAAACACUGGGAUAUCACUUCCUGCUGGACUUUUUUUUAUGGUUCAGCAAGAAACACCGUGGAAUACAUGAAGUGUUUCCUCCUUUCAUUUCCCCCUUUCUUUUUUCUCAUAUUUUGAAUUCUUGUGUUAAACAUCAGUGGCCAUGGCUUCAGAACAAGCUCGGCUGCACAGAUCCGUGCAGAGUCGCCGCUCUACCAUCAAUUGUCUCUCAAAGUGUGUAGAGGACACCAAAACUUUCCCAUUUUCUCAGGAGAAAAUGGUUAAAGCAUGGAGCUCGCUGGAGAACCUUGAUCCUUGCACCAAAACAGAGAAAAAACUUGAAUGGCAGCAGAGCAUCAGCCUUAAUGUUGGAGGGAAGGUGUUUCAUAUCCCCAAACACUGUGCCAUUAAAUAUCCCAACACCCGCAUCGGCUCAUUGGUCCUCUGCAGGGACAGAACGAAACUCCAGACUCUGUGUGACGACUACUCCGUUUGCAAGAAUGAGUUUUUCUUUGACCGCGAUCCCGCUUUCUUCCACCAUGUCUGCCAUUUCUACACAAGUGGCGUGUUGUGGGUCAUACAGGAAAUGUGUCCCAUCAACUUUGAGGAGGAACUUGCGUACUGGGGUCUCAACCUGAAGGACACUCAGCGCUGCUGCUGGAUAGUGUUCGAGGAGAAGGUGGAUGAGUUGAAAGACAACCUAAAGGUGGAGAGUGAGCUCAUGGCUGAGAUUCAGGUAAAGUACAAUGACGAGACCUUCAAGGACAUGAUGUUUGGUGACGUGAGGAAGACUCUGUGGAAUAUUGUAGAGAAUCCCUACUCUUCAGCUGUGGCAAAGGUUGUCGGUGUGCUCUCUAAUCUUUUUGUGCUCCUCUCUAUCAUGGCAAUGACUCUCGACUCUGUGGAGGAACUCCAAAUAUAUACAGUUAAUGGGAAAACAUACGCGCAAUGGGUGGAAAUCAUCACCAUUGUGUUCUUUACCGUUGAAUAUUUAUUACGCCUUUUAACCACUCCUGAUGUCAUGAUGUUUUUGAUGAGUGGACUCAACUUUGUGGACAUGGUGGCAGUAAUGCCUUAUUUCUUGCAGAUCAUUUUUGAUGCCUUUACUAACACUGAGGACGUGAACACACAGGAAGACCUCAGGACCAUGGCUCGGGUCAGCAAUCUCGGGCAUGUCCUCAAGGUGGUCAAGUUGCUGAGGGUCUUUCGAAUUUUGAAGCUGGCCCGACACUCGACCGGCAUGAGAGCGUUUGGAUUCACUCUGCGGCAAUGUUACCAGCAGGCCUCUUGCAUUUUCCUCUUUAUUGCCAUGGGAAUCUUCACAUUCUCAGCACUCCUUCAUUCAGCCGAGAGGGAAACUGAAGGAUCCCCCAUCAGCAGUAUCCCAUACGCCUGGUGGUGGGCUGCUGUCAGCAUCUCUACGGUGGGCUACGGCGAUGUGGUUCCUGUCACGAUCCUGGGCCGCGUGGUGGCCUUUGGCUGCAUUUCGUUUGGUAUCAUCUUGAAUGGCAUGCCCAUCUCCUUCCUCUUUAACAAGUUCUCUGAUUACUAUGCCAAGCUGAAGUCCCAGGAGUGCAACACUACCACAGUGCAGCGACACUUUCAGCUGAGGAAGCGACUGCGGCACAGAAUGGACCUGUGCUUCCAUCCGCCAGAUGAAGACAUCCAUACUGCCAGCUUCUGCACUGACUGACCUUAAAUGUGAUAUAGGGAUUUAUGGAGGGAGUUGCUUGAUAGGGAUGUCCCGAUUCAACUUUUUCACUUCCAAUCACGAAUCAUAUG